GAUUAAUUUACACGUGACAUCAACAGUGGAGGAAGCUAAGACGACCUCUCCACUGUACUACAGCUAGCUAGCUAGCUUGACUGACUACUGGUCGGCUUUUUGUGUUCACUGGUCGCAUUCUGAUCUUGCACUGUAUAAAGGUUUGUGUGAUGGCUAAAAAUUGUUGUCGUUAUUUCACGGUGAGCCUGGUUCCCGUGGCAGCACUGGUCCUGACCAUCCUGUUUGCAGGUGGUGUUCUCAUCCUACCAAUACUCUAUUCUGAGCUCGUUAAGCAGUACGUGUAUGGGGUGGUGAUAGAUGCUGGCUCCACCCACACCACUCUCUAUGUGUAUCGCUGGCAGGUCCCCACGUCCACAUUCACACACUCACACACCGGCACAGUGCAGCAGAUGUACUCUUGUCCUCUCACCCACAACAACUCAACCAGUGUCAACAGCUAUGCAGGGGACCCCAGUAGAGUGGCAGAGGCCUACCAAGCAUGCAUCAACACCUCGUAUGGAGAGUGGUACCAGUCAAAGAUAGUGCCCAUAGAGCAGAGGAAGUACACACGCAUCUACCUGGGGGCCACUGCUGGGAUGAGACUAGUCGAACUGGAUAAUUCCACUGUGAGCAAUACCCUCAUCAGCAAUAUCCAGGCCAACCUCAAGAACCCAAACCUCACUCAGUACAAGUACGGGAAUGCCUCCAUCUUGACUGGCUCAGAGGAGGCAGAGACUGGCUGGAUAGCAGCCAAUUACCUGAGGAACAACCUCACUGCUUUCAAGACCCGCUACUCAUCCAUUGGUGCGCUGGAUCUGGGCGGAGCUUCUACUCAGAUUGCCUUUGAGACCAACGAAACAGUUCCAUCACAAUUCUUUAAAAACGAGUCGUUGUUUGGGGUGAACUAUAAUCUCUAUGCUCGGAGCUACCUGUGCUAUGGGGAGAACCAGGCGUACUCACGAUUCCUGGCCCAUCUCAUUAAUGUGAAUAGAAACAUCACGGUCAAUGUGCCCAAUCCUUGUUUGUUUAAUGGUACAAAAAUACCAGCAAUCAACUCCUCCGCUAUCUACACCACUUGUGUCAACCACACUGUUGGCGCUCAAGUGUUUGGUCACAAGUUGACUCCGCCCCCUUCUCUGCGGGACACAGUGAGCUUUGUGGGCACAGGUAAUACCACUCAGUGUAAGCAGUACAUCAACGACACAUUCAAUAACUUCUGCAACUAUCAAAACUGUGAUGGCUUUGUGGUUCCUCCAGUCAGCGGCCAUUUUGUGGGUUUCUCUGGUCUCUACUACACUGCUGACUUCUUCAAUACCACUAAUAUCACCUUCACCAGCUCUAGUGGAUGGGGUCAUCUAACCAACAAUGUCGACACCUUUUGCAACCUCAGCUCUGACCAAGCCACACCCUUUGCCAAGGACCAGUUCUUUUAUAUGCGGUGUUUCAGUGGCUACUUCAUGAGCUUUCUACUAGUGGAGGGAUUUGGCUUCACUGAGGACAGAAGCUGGAGUGUGGAGUUUAAGCUGAAGUUGGAUGGGGUGGAGGAAAGUCCCACUCUUGGGUGGUCGCUCGGCUAUAUAAUGGAGAAAAGCAACAAGCUACCACAAGACCCCUACAGUGAAGUCCGACCCUACACCACAGUAGACCUGGUGGUGGGGAUGAUCAUCCUCUCCAUACUCUGCGCCAUCUUUAUUGUAUUCUUCUUCCUGACUUUUUACGCUUGUAAGAAAGCUUUGAACACUCGUAGUGGCUAUCAGAACAUCUAGUCUGAGUGUUGUGUAAAGUGUUUUGUAAUUUUUCUAAUAAUUAUGCACCGUAUGUUGUUCUUAUUACACAAUGGCCUCAUUUGAACAAAUCUCUCUAAUAUAAUUUGUAUACACCGGCCGUGCACAUGUUACAGGUGGAAGACUUUUUGUGUGUAUUAUAUUAUACACUGUUUUAACUGUGA